GAUGGCGGACGAAGAAGAAACUUUGAAGUACCAAGAGCUUGUGCGAAGUCUAAACAUUCUGCCUGAAAGACAGGCUAAAGUGGAUGCCAUGUUUGGACAUGGUGCAACUGCCAUUACAAAGCAUAAGGAAGAGAAAGUUAAAAAGGAGGAUAUGGUAUAUUGUAUAUGUCGACAGUCUAACACGGAUCGGUUCAUGAUAUGCUGCGAUAAGUGUGAUGAGUGGUUCCAUGGUGAUUGUAUUGGAAUAACUAAAGAUGAAGCCCAAACAAUUAGACAUUUCUACUGCAAGACAUGUUUAGAAGCCAACCCAGAUCUCUCUAUCAAGUACAAAAAGAAGAAAGUAAAGAAAGAAGUGAUUGAGAAAGCACCAGAAGAUGAUGUYAUUGUUGAUGUUGUUGUUGAAAAAAAGAAGCAUCAUUCUGAGAAACUUAAGAAAAGUAAUAUGCAUAAGAGAUCAUCUCGAAUGUGUGGAGARUGUGCAUCUUGCCUUAGGACGGAUGAUUGUGGAAAAUGUGACUUUUGUAAAGAUAUGCGUAAGUUUGGUGGGCCAAAUCGAAUGAGACAAAAAUGCAGAUUGAGGCAGUGUUUGAAAAUGUCAAGGAUAUUGCUAAGGAAGAGUAAAGCUGGACAAUCAGAUGACCACCGGGACAGAUAUGAAUAUGUACCAAAAAAGAAAAGUAAAGAUCUUAUUGCACAUCCAAAGAAAGCUGUUAAAAUGAAACAUGCCACAGCAUCAUCAAGGAAGGAAAAGAGCAAACUUCAAAGUCAUGAUCGUCCACGAAGGCGCCACAGACUUGGUUCUGAUGAUAAGAAGGGUGAUACAGCCAAGGAUAGUUUAUAUGAUGAAAUWCCUMGGCAYUGUUAUGGACCAGGCUGUACUUACUCAGCCAGACCAAAUUCCAAGUACUGUAGUGAUGAAUGUGGGAUACAACUUGCUGUAMGACGUAUUCAGGAAAUCCUACCUAAAAGAAUGAGGCAGUGGAAUAGAGAACCUUGUAUAGCAGACAAUAAAGCUAGAAAGGCUUUAGACGAAGUACUGAGGAAGAAGCAGGAAGCCCAAGACAGACUGCUUGAACUUGAUCAGUUGAGUCAACAGCUGGAAAAAAUAAUUAGCAGAGGAAGUGAAAUCACAACUCAGGAAAAAGAGAAACAAGAGGCAGAUAUGGAUACUGAUACUGACUUACAAAUACAUUGUGUGACAUGUGGACUGUCAYUGGCUCCCAGAGUAGCACUGAGACACAUGGAGAAAUGCUAUAUGAAGAAUGAAAGUCUUACAACAUUUGGAUCAGUCUACAAAAGUGCAGGAGCUCUAUUUUGUGAUUUUUAUAAUUCCCAACAAAGAAUAUAUUGUAAACGAUUGAGAGUGUUAUGCCCAGAGCACACUAAAGAACCAAAGGUUCCACCAAAUGCUGUAUGUGGCUGUCCAUUGGUAAAGAAUGUCUUUGAAGACACAGAUAGUUUAUGCAAGGCACCUAAAAGAACCUGUAUGAAACACUUCAGAUGGGAUAAGUUAAGGAGAGCUGAGAUUGACUUACAAAAAGUGCAACAGUGGUUAAAACUCGAGGAAGCUUAUGAACAAGAAAGACAAAUUACUUAUACAUCAGCACAAAGAGGAGGAGUUCUGGGACUUUUACUUCAUCAAACAACAUCACCAGACUGGCCUGAAGAACCUAAAAMCAUUGAAUCAGACAAUGACAUGGACUGUACAKCAAGUGACUACCAGCCAGACAGGAAUAUGUUGCAAGAUUUAGUUGAUGGAGUAAAUACAACGACAGAGGAAUUAUUAUCUAGAACAUAGUUAAGGAAGAUUUUUUGUACAGCCAUGUGAUGGAAGGUCAGAAGCCAAGAAAUUUGUCCAGUAAAUAUUAAAGGAAAAUAAAAUAUAUAGUAUUAUCAC